CGAGUAGGUUGCUAUAGAAAAGGAUCCCCAAACCGCUCAAAUCCCCGGAGUUCUCCUAGAGCCCCUCUUCCUGGCGCCCCACAAGCGCACCUCUUUAUACAAAACCAGUACCUCUAGGUCAACAUCUAUCAUCUCCCCCAAAAAGCAAUGGAAGUCUUUGCUUCCCCCAGGUCGGAGGAAUCCCAGGAGGAAGAUGAGCAAGAAAAGCAAACAGACAGAGCCUGGGAAAACAGGCAGUCUGGGGAAGCUGCUUCGCCUUCCUCGUCCCAGGAACUCGAACCUGAGGUAGCUGACUCCCUUAAGGAAGGAGGGCAGCCUGGGGAAGUUGCUCUGCCUUCCUCAUCCCAGGACCUGGAACCCAAAAUAGCUGACUCCCUUGAAGAGGAAAAGAACCUGGCACCUGAGCCUCAGCCCAGUGAUGGUACCCUACCUCAGAGCCCCGGAUCUGGAGGGAGAGUCUCUGGAGCUCACUUAGGAGAACCAGACGCUGCAAUUAGUCCUCCUGUUACAGAACCACGUUCGGAAGGUCCUCCUCGCUUGAGGCCGAGUGCCCCAGACUUUGCUCCACCUACCAGGCCUGAACAGGACAUUCAUGAAACUUCCGAGGCCGGAGAGCCUCGUGCUAGCCACUCAGAAGUUUCUUAUGAGAGGCAAUCGACUCCUCACUUACCUGGUUCAGAGGAAUUCCCCUCUUACUUCUUCCAACAACUCCAAGACCUGAAUCAAAACACCAGUCCGCGAAAAGAGCCGGUAGAUUGGGGCAUUUUCCAUCAGGAUGAAUCAAAAAGUAGCUCUGAUCUUAACCAGUCAGAACUUGGACUGAAUCAAAAGGGUGCACCCGAACCUGCCGCACCUAGUAAACUAGAGAUUGCAGCCCAGAAUGCAAAGGCGUAUCUGCUGAAGAGAAGUAGCAAAUCGGGUCUAAAUCUAUAUGAUCAUCUUUCUAAGAUACUGACUAGAAUUUUAGAUGAACGUCCUGAAAAUGUUGUUGACAUCAUUGAAAAUAUCAGCCAAGAUGUGAAGAUGGCUCAUUUUAAUAAGAAAUUGGACACACUCCAAGAUGAACAUGAAGUACCUUUGGCAUAUGAAAUAGCAGAGAAACAAAAGACACUUUUUCUCCAAGGGAAUUUAGAAGGUGAUCAAGAACAGGAAGAUGAAAUAGCAGAAUCUCCUCUUCCAAAUAUAAUGGAAUCAGCUUUCUAUUUUGAACAAGCUGGAGUUGGUUUGAGUACAGACGAAACCUAUCGCAUUUUUCUUGCCCUCAAACAACUCACUGACACACAACCAGUACACACAUGCCGCUUCUGGGGGAAAAUCUUGGGUCGAGAAAUGAAUUACAUUGUGGCCGAAGUGGAAUUUCGUGAAGGGGAAGAUGAAGAAGAGAUAGAAGAGGAAGACAUGAGUGAAGAAAGUGAGGCUGAUGAAGAUGAGAAAGAUGAAUUACCUAAAUCUUCUUACAAGGGUACACAAAUAAUACCAAAAGAAGAAAACAGAACAGGUGCCAACAAGUAUGUUUAUUUUGUGUGCAAUGAGCCAGGAAGGCCUUGGGUAAGAUUACCAUCAGUCACACCUGCACAAAUUGUUAUUGCAAGGAAGAUCAAGAAAUUUUUCACAGGACGAUUAGAUGCUCCUAUCACAAGUUAUCCUCCCUUUCCAGGAAAUGAGAGUAAUUACUUGCGAGCACAAAUUGCUCGCAUUUCAGCAGGAACUCACAUUAGCCCCCUAGGUUUCUAUCAUUUUGGAGAAGGUGAAGAAGAGGAAGAUGAAGAUGAAGAGGCAGAAGGUGGACGGGACAAUUAUGAGAAGAAUCCUGAUUUUGAAGGCAUCCGAGUGACUGACCUAGUAGAAUCUCUGUCUAACUGGGUUCAUCACGUACAAUACAUUUUACGUCAGGGUCGGUGUAACUGGUUUAACCCCAUACAAAAAAAUGAAGAUGAGGAAGCGGAAAAGGAGGAAGAGGAAGAGGAAGAGGAAGAGGAAGAUGAAGUAGAAGAAAAAAGAGAGGAGCCAGCUAACAUAGAAAAAGAAGUGGGACCACCUCUUUUGACCCCAAUCUCUGAAGAUUUAGAUAUUCAGAACAUACCUCCUUGGACAGCCCAGUUAUCUUCAAAUUUGAUUCCUCAAUAUGCUAUUGCAGUACUUCGAUCUAACCUUUGGCUUGGAGCAUAUGCCUUCUCUGAUGGCAAAAAGUUUGAGAAUAUCUACAUGGGUUGGGGUCACAAGUAUAGUCCAGACAAUUAUGUGCCCUCACUUCCACCACUUGUUCAAAAAGAGUACCCCAGUGGGACAGAAAUCAUGGAAAUGGAUGACCCCACUGUGAAUGAGGAGCAAGCUUUCCAGGUUGCCCAAGAGAAAGCUUUAUUUGAAUCUGAAAAUAUUGAAGAGACUGAAGAAGAAGAAGAAGAAGAUGAAGAUGAAGAUGAAGAUGACUAAUAAGAAUGGGAAAAUGAACUCAGUACCUCAAAGAGAAGAGAUUUGGGGAUACAUAUAUAAGUGAAAAUAAUAACUAAUCAUGUUCAGGAAUGUGCUAUUCCUUAAAGAUGUCAAAUUUGGGAUUUCAUAUAUGGAUUUCAUAUUUUAUGUAUUUACAAAUAGGUAUUUAAAUGGGAGUGUGAGGAUUAAUGUAGCAACUGACACUAUAGCACUAUAAAACAUGCAUAAAAAUGAGUAAGGGCACUGUGGAAUAGAGAAUUAGAAAAAUCUUAGCUUUACUAAAACUAGCUGUGUGAUCUUGGACAAGUUGCUUAGUCUCUCUGUGCUGUCUCCUUCCCCAUCUCUAAGUCCUCAUCAAUUCCAAAAUUCUAUGAUGUUUUACAGAAUGGUCAAUUUAGAGGUGUUGAUCUAUGUCUCAUUUUGGGAAAAAUGAUUUUUAAAUCCUGUUUUGAUAUUUUUGUCUCAAUACAUAUAUAAUACUAACUAACUAUAUGAAUUAUGAAUGAAUGAAAUAUGAAAGAACUAUAUGAAUAAUUAAUUAUAUGAAAAACACAUGGCUCUCAACGUUCCUUCAGUACAUAAGAAGCAGAGAAUAAAAGAAUAUGCAUAAAAAACUAUUUAAGUUCUUCAAGAAAAAGCAUUAUAUAGAUUACAGGUUCAUAGCCUAAGAGUUCACAGAUUAUGGAUUUUAGGAGCUGGAAAACUUGGGUAGGGAAAAAAAUACAUUAUUAUUAUUUUUAUUAACUUCCAACUAAAAUGUAGCAUUUCCUUUAAUUAUUCAAAAAUAAUGGGACAGUUAGGUAGUUCAGUAGCGAGAGUAUCAAUUCUGGACUUGCAAGAACCCAGGUUCAAAUUUGGCCUCAGCACUUUCUAGCUGUGUGACCCUGGGUAAGUCACUUAGGUCCAAUUGCCUAAUCCUUGCCCUUCUGUUUUAGAGUUCUCACUGGGACAGAAAGUAAGAGUUUAAAAUAAAUAGAUAAAUAAAAACAUUAUUCUGAGUUUUCACCAGAUUGCCAAAAGAAAUUGUAUUCUAGAUCUAGAGCAGGGGUCCCCAAACUAUGGCCUGUGACCAUUUAUCCAUCCCCCACUGCACUUCCGGAAGGGGCACCUCUUUCAUUGGUGGUCAGUGAGAGGAGCUCAGUUGUGGUGAUGCUGCAAAGCACGGUGUCACUCACAUAUAAUACUACUUCCGGUGACAUAAUCCUUUGCGUGGUGCCUUGCUCUGAGAGUAACUGAAUGAGAACGAGGCGCCACACAAAGGAUUAUGUGGCUGCACAAUGGAAGACGUCAGCAUGGUGAGUGGUGAUCUGUGGGAGGGGAUUCUGCACUGUGUAUACUGCUGCCCGGUAUAGUGGUGGCAGUGAUGGGUCUGUGCAAGGUGUGACAGGCCUAUGACAUCCAGCGCUGCAGCCUCUGCUAUCCCAGACAGCGGUAUACAGACUUGUUCAUAGUGUUUUGUUUUGUUUUUUAUAGUUCGACCCUCCAACAGUCUGAGGGACAGUGAACUGGCCCCCUGUGUAAAAAGUUUGGGGACCCCUGGACUAGAGUAUAAACAGCUCUUACUAAAGUAGCUGCACCAACAUAACUUUUGGAAGAGAUUCCAAACAUUCGAAGACAAAAAUACUAAUCAAUUGUCACCAAAGGAGACUCUAUGGUUUUCCCAGCAGCUGGAAAGUAUAUUUAACAAGCAAGGCAGUUAACAUAAAUUUUUACAAAUUUACCUUCCCUGGGAAAAGGCCUUUAAUUCAUAUGGUUUACAAAACAUUUCUACAACUUUUAUUAAAUUGCAUUCUCAUAGCAUGGAAGAACAGACAUGAUUUCUGUUGUCUGUGAGAAAACAUACUUAGAGAAAUUUAGAGACUUGUCUCAUGCUCUAUACAGGAAGGAAACUGUGGAGAUGCCACUCAAACCAAGGUCUUGAUUUCAAAUCCGCUGCCUUUUUUUUUUUUAACCUAUUGUGAGCUUUGGUUUAUGUUGCUUUAAAGUAAAUGUUCCAGUAAGUAUUUGAAUUCUAUUGCCUGAUAAUUGUUUUGAUUAUACAGUAUGUUCAGGUAAAGUAGAACUAUAAACAUAAUUAUCAGCUCCAGAUAAUAUAUUGUGAGGCUACAAUGAUUAAAAUAGUCGAUUUUGGAUGAAAUUUUACAACUAUAGAAAAAAAAUAGAACUAGGGAAAUUUGAUAAAUCAUAAGCCAAAUCCAAAUUUUUUAAAUGGAACAAAAUUUUGUUUUGAAGAAAUACCUGAAUGAAACAGCUCCAGGAAACUAAACCUCAGUUUUCUAAACCUUUUGAACUAGGUUAUCAAAAUGUUCAAAUUAUAUUCAUACUUCAUUCUUUUUUAAUUCCUGACAUGAAAACUGUUCUGUCAUUUUAAGUAGUGUAUGAUCCUUUGUGACCAUUUUUGGGAUUGUUUUGGCAAAGCUACUGGAUUGUUUUGGCACUUCCUUCUCCAGCUCAUUUUAUAGAUGAGGAACUGAAGCAAGCAGUUAAGUGACUUGCCCAGGAUCACACAGGUAGUAAUUUGGCUUCUGAAGCCAAAUUUGAAUUUAUGAAGAUGAGUCUUCCUGAUUCCAAGUCCAGUGCUCUAUCCACUCUGCCACUUAGAUGCUCCAUGUGUUAAGAUUAAAAUUAGUUUCUAGUAAUAAAAGUAUUAUAUUUUAUGAGGUUUAUUAAAGAUUAAGAAAUAAAGAAAAUACAAAAUAAGAAAGAAUGUGCAACCUACAUUUUGUCGGCUAGGUAGAGAGCCACCUGUCCUGUCCCUAGAAGCUGAAGCCAAGAGAGCCUGAAGUAGGCGGAGUCAGUUUAAACACAAAUUGUGUUCUCACACUCAGGUGAGGACUCAGGAUGAGAUUAUAGGGAAAUCUGGGAACUAGCAAGGAAUUCUGGGGAUUGAAGUCUGGGGUUCAAAGCUCCAUUUUUACUCAUGAAAACUAAUAUAUUUCAAAAUUCCAAUUAAUUCUCAUCCCUUAAAAGAUAAUUUAAUAAUGUUGGAGGGGAUGUGGAAAAAUUGAAACACUAAUGCAUUGUUGGUGGAGUUGUGAACCAAUCCAACCAUUCUGGAGGGCAAUUUGGAAUUAUGCCCCCAGGGCUAUAAAACUGUGCAUAUAUUCCCUUUGAUCUGGUCAUACCACUCCUGGGUCUGUAUCCAAAAAAGAUAAUAAAAAAGGAGAAAAGACCUACUUUUACAAAGACAUUCAUAGCAGCUCUUUUUGUAGUAGUAUAAAAUUGGAAAUUUAGGGACUUUCCAUCAAUUGGGGAAUGGCUGAAUAAAUUGUGUGUAAAAUUAAAUUUAGUUUCUAUUAAUAAAAGUAUCAUAUUUUAUGAGAGGUUUAUUAAAGAUUAUUAGAAAUCAAGGUUACAAAAUAAUAAAAUAAAUGCCUAGGGCUGAUUAGCCCAUUCACAGCCUACUUACUACAUGUUGCAAUGUUCGAGUAGAGGAAGAGAGAGCCGUGUACAUAUCACAAGAGCAUAGAAGAGGAAGAGGCUGAAGUAGCCAUUACAGCCAGUUUAAAUACAAAUUGUGAUCUUGCCCAGGUGGGGACUCAGGUGAGAUUAUAGGGAAUUCUGGGAAGUACCAAGGACUUCUGGGGAUUGAAGUCUGGGGUUAAAAUCUUCAUUUUUACAUAUGCUACACAUUGGUGAUGGAAUACUAUUGUGCUAUAAGAAAUGAUAAGCAAGAUGAUUUCAGAAAAUGCUGGAAAGAUCUGCAGGAACUUCCAUAGAGUGAAAUAAACAGAGCAGGGAGAACAUUGUACACAAUAACAACAAUAUUGGAUGAUGAUUAUCUAAGAAAACUUGGCUACUCUCAGCAAUUCAAUGAUCUGGGAUAAUCCUGAAAGACUUAUGACAGGAAAUGCUAUCCACCUCCAGGGAAAGAACUGUUGGAGUUGUCUUUCACAUCGGUGUGUUUGUGGUUUUAUUUUGGGGUUUUGGUAAUGUAUGAGUGUUCUCUUACUACAAAGACCAAUAUGGAAGUGUGUUUUGCAUGACAAUAAAAUAAAAUUUAAAAAAAGAUAAUGUAAUAAAAUGUCAAAUUAACAAAAUUGAUUUCAUGUGAAAAUAAAAAUAUUUAAAUAAACUUA